CCGCCGGACCGCCCGUCAGUCAGUCAGGCAGGCAGUUGGUCUGAGCUGCCUUUGGUCUCUGCAGCAUUCCUGAGCGCGCCCCCCUUGCUCCUUCUCGGUCAACGGCAGCGGCUGCACCAGCGGCGGCGCGGGCCCUUCGGGAGGCGCGGCGUGGGCCGAGAGACGGUUGCGGAGAGUCAAGCCCAGCGCGGCGGAGGCGGAGGCGGCGGCGGCCCGGCAGCCAACAUGGCGGCGGCGGCGGCGGCGGGCGCGGGCCCGGAGAUGGUCCGCGGGCAGGUGUUCGAUGUGGGGCCGCGCUACACCAAUCUCUCUUAUAUUGGCGAGGGCGCCUACGGCAUGGUGUGCUCUGCUUAUGACAAUGUCAACAAAGUUCGAGUAGCUAUCAAGAAAAUCAGUCCUUUUGAGCACCAGACCUACUGCCAGAGAACCCUGAGGGAGAUAAAAAUCUUACUGCGCUUCAGACAUGAGAACAUUAUUGGUAUCAAUGAUAUCAUUCGAGCGCCAACCAUUGAGCAAAUGAAAGAUGUAUAUAUAGUACAGGACCUCAUGGAAACAGAUCUCUACAAGCUCUUGAAGACACAACACCUCAGCAACGACCAUAUCUGCUAUUUUCUUUACCAGAUCCUCAGAGGGUUGAAGUAUAUCCAUUCAGCAAACGUACUGCACCGUGACCUCAAACCUUCCAACCUGCUGCUCAACACCACCUGCGAUCUCAAGAUAUGUGAUUUUGGCUUGGCACGCGUUGCAGAUCCAGACCAUGAUCACACAGGCUUCCUGACGGAGUACGUAGCCACCCGUUGGUACAGGGCUCCAGAAAUUAUGUUGAAUUCCAAGGGCUAUACCAAGUCCAUUGAUAUUUGGUCUGUAGGCUGCAUUCUGGCAGAGAUGCUAUCCAACAGGCCCAUCUUUCCGGGGAAGCAUUAUCUCGACCAGCUGAACCACAUUCUGGGUAUUCUUGGAUCCCCAUCACAGGAAGAUCUGAACUGCAUAAUCAAUUUAAAAGCUAGAAACUAUUUACUUUCUCUCCCGCACAAAAAUAAGGUGCCAUGGAACAGGCUGUUCCCAAAUGCUGACUCCAAAGCUCUGGAUUUACUGGACAAAAUGUUGACCUUCAACCCUCACAAGAGGAUUGAAGUGGAACAGGCACUGGCCCACCCAUAUCUGGAGCAGUAUUAUGACCCAAGUGAUGAGCCCAUCGCUGAAGCACCAUUCAAGUUUGACAUGGAAUUGGAUGACUUGCCUAAGGAGAAGCUCAAAGAACUCAUUUUUGAAGAGACUGCUAGAUUCCAGCCAGGAUACAGAUCUUAAAUUUGUCAGGACAAGGGCUCAGAGGACUGGACGUGCUCAGACAUCGGUGUUCUUCCCAGUUCUUGACCCUGGUCCUGUCUCCAGCCUGUCUCAGCUUACCCAUCUUGACUCCUUUGAGCCAUUCGGAGGAGCGGUUUCUGGUAGUUGUGGCUUUUAUGCUUUCAAAGAAUUCCUUCAGUCCAGAGAACUGUUUCUGGCACCCCUAUGUGUGUCACCCACUGGUGACCUGUGGCAGUAUGUACUUUCAGUGCACCUACUGCGUACCGUUGCUUUAGUCACUAAUCGCUUUCUGGUUUGAAAGAUGCAGUGGUUCCUCUCUCUCCUCCCGAAUCCUUGCUUACAUGAUGCCCUGCUGUCCCAUGCAGUUGCACCAGAGAUCAUUUUUUCACGUUGGCUCUCGUCACUGGCAUCUCACUUUAUGAUAGGGAAGGCUACUACCUUGGGCACUUUAAGUCAGUGACAGCCCCUUAUUUGCACUUCACCUUUUCACCAUAAUUGUUUCCCCAGAGCAGGAAUUCAUGGAAACACCUGGGAUGACGUUGCAGCCUGCAGCAAGUGCUCCCAUCCUGGGAACCUUAGGGGCACUUGUCAGCAUCUUUUCUUGUAUCAUGUUAGUCAUUAACAUUUAAAGUAUGUGCUGAUUGCCCAGCUUUUAGAAAACUCAGUCAUCUUUGUAAGUAAAAGAAAGGUACUGCACUUAGCAACUUCACUCUGUAGAUUUACUUUGGUUGUUUGUACCAUUUAUAGAGGUAUAACACUUGCCAAAAUGUGUUAUAUGCAGAACAGAGUGUUUGCAAGACUUAUGCAAAAAGCUUUAAAGUGGCAGCUUCACUGGGGAUUUAGUGAGAGACAAAGGUCACAGCAGGGCGCUGAGGAAAGUAUCUGCAGAAGUAGCCGGUAGGCUGCCUGAUGUCACUGGGUGGAGCUCCAUCCCAGGGGUUCCCAUGCCCCAAGCUACUUCACGUGGUGUGCCACAUCAGUGUAACCACAUUCGAUGCCUGGGGAUUUAGCAGAGGGUAAACACUGCGUCUUCAAAUGAGAAAGUGUACAAUUCUUUUUCUCCUACAGCAUGUCAGCAUCUCAAGUUCAUUUUUCAACCUACGAUAUAAAAGUUUGUAAUGAAGCCUUCAUGAGCUCAUGACAUGAAGCACUGUUCUGUCAUCAAGUGCUCUCAAAUGUUUCUGAUACUGCUGAGCUAAGCCCGUCAGAAAAAGUUAGCACUAAGUCAUGUUCAGAGCUCAGACCCUUACUUUCCUGAUCUCUCUAAGUAUUUGUCCCUGCCACUGUACACUGUGGCGUUGACUCGGUGUUCUGUCCCAGUGCGGUGCCUCCUCUUGACUCCCCCACUGCUCUCUGUGGUGAGAAAUUUGCCUUGUUCAAUAAUUACUGUACCCUCGCAUGACUGUUACAGCUUUCUGUGCAGAGAUGACUGUCCAAGUGCCACAUGCCUAUGAUUGAAAUGAAAAAUCUAUUGUUACCUCUGAGUUGUGUUCCACGGAAAAUGCUAUUCAGCAGAUCACUUAGGAAUAAUUCUAUUUUUAGCUUUUCAUUUCUCUUGUUUGAUUUUUGACAGCAAUGAAGAAUGGGUUAUAUAAAGACUGCCUGCUAAUAUGAACAGAAAUGCACUUGUAAUUCAUGGAAAUAAAUGUACAUCUUCUAUCUUCAUAUUCA